AUUUAUUUAACUGGUGGUUUUGAUAGAGAAGGCAGCAUUGACCUCAGCUUUUGUUUUCUUUCAGAUCUCCAUCUCUCUCUCUCUCUCUCAAAGUCGUAUGCAUUACUAUAUAAGAAACCACGCAUUCAUCUAGCUCAUUACUCAUCACCUACUACUGCUACCACUCCUGUUUGUUUGUAAUCUCCAUCAAUUCAUCACCCUUUGUUCUGUUCUAGCUUCUUCAUCAUCUCUUUCUUUUGAUCUUUAUCAUCCUCUCUGCUUCAGUUCGUUUCUUCAUUUGGGGUAUUAAUUUCUUCUUCCAAAUAUUUUUUCCUUCUGAUCAGCUUCCUCUAGAAGAUAUAUAAUAUAUAUAUAUAUAUAUAUAUGUGUAUUUAGUUCUUGAAUUUUGAUUGAUUGUUGAAACUGGAUCACUCGAUCUUUCUUAUUCCUUAAAACUACCUUUAAAAAAGCUUCACAAGCAUGUAAUUGUUUUCCCAUUAAUUUUCACACUCGAAUAUUUAUCAAAAAAAAAAAAAAAAAAAGUCUUGUUCUCAAGAUUCAUCGAAUCAUUAAUCAAAUAGUUAGUGAUUAGACUGGCGAGGUUUUUACCUGUUACUUAGAAAUACACCUAUAAAAACCUUCCAAUCAUGUAAAUUAGUUCCAUCUUUCUUUAUUUACUCUCUUUCACUAGAGACAUUUACCCAAAAAAAAAAAACGCUUUGUGUUUAUUGUUCUACGUAUUCCCUCUAUCGAUUCCUAUUAGAUUGUUAGGAGGAAAAAAAACAACAGAAAAAUGCCUGAAUUUGAUAUGAACGGAAUUGGGAAUGGGAACGGUUUGCCGACGCCACCGGCAACCCCUGGAACACCAACGCCAUUGAUGUCAUCGCUGAGAGUUGACUCAUUGUCAUACGAAAGGGAGAGGAAGUCCAUGCCACGGUGCAAAUGUUUCCCAGUUGAAUCAUGGACUCCCAGCCAUAUGUGUGUCACCGACUUCGCAGCACCCGACGUUUCUCUUGCCAGGAAGCUAGGAGCAGAGUUCGUAGGGACCUUCAUUUUGAUGUUUGCAGCAUCGGCCGGACCUAUUUUAAACCAGAAGUACGACGGCGCUGAGACUCUCAUAGGAAAUGCAGCUUGUGCUGGACUAGCUGUUAUGGUACUGAUAUUAUCCACUGGUCACAUAUCAGGGGCACAUUUCAAUCCUUCCCUCACCAUCGCUUUCGCAACUUUCAGACAUUUCCCAUGGACUCAAGUUCCUGCUUACAUAUUAGCUCAGGUCUCUGCAUCAAUAUGUGCCUCUUUUGCCCUCAAGGGUGUUUUUCACCCAUACAUGUCUGGUGGUGUUACUAUCCCUUCUGACACUCUUGGUCAAGCCUUUGCGCUUGAGUUUAUUAUCACCUUCAUUCUCAUGUUUGUUGUCACGGCUGUUGCCACCGAUACUCGAGCGGUUGGAGAACUGGCAGGAAUAGCAGUCGGGGCAACCGUCAUGCUGAACAUUCUAAUCUCUGGACCAGCAAGUGGUGGAUCAAUGAAUCCUGUAAGGACACUGGGUCCAGCGGUGGCAUCAGGUAACUACAAGGCCCUCUGGGUAUAUAUGGUAGCACCAACACUAGGUGCACUUGCAGGGUCAGGCAUCUAUACCCUCGUCAAGCUCCAAGAUGGAGAGGGUGACCCACCUCGCCCAGUUAGAAGCUUCCGUCGCUAGUCUCCAGUCGAGUUUCAUUCUGACCGUCCAAAUAAGUGUUUUACUGUGUACAUGUGUGUGCUUUUGUUUUCUAGUCUCGUACAUUAAUAGCAUCUGCUACCGCUACGAGCUAAGUGUGCAUUAUUGUUAUUCUCCCCUAUAUCGACAUAGACGUGUGUGAUAGAGAUAAAAAGAAGAAAAAAAUGAAAAAAAAAAAAAAAUUGAAGUCGAUUUGCCAUCUCCCAGUACUACUAAACUACAGUGAGCAACAGUAGCAGGAGUAUAAUCAUAGGCAGCCGGGCGAAAAAAAAAACUAUAUACUAUGUAAUAAACAAAAUACUGCAACUGAUAUUAUGUGUGGAUUACUGCGGUGUGUGAGUUUCCCGAAUAAAAAUGUUUUCAAGUGUUAUUACUGUUGUCUGUACUGUAAGGAUUCUGGAUUGUAAUUGUUUGAAAGUUGUAACCCACCACUUAUAUAUGUGGUCUUGAGUUUCAACUGUUUACGUUUACUACUUUUAUAUAUAAAGGUUUUCUGUUUGUGUGUUA